AUGGCUAAUACAGUUGAUGUUCCUGGCUUGACGGCCGAACAGGCCACUUUUUUCCAUGAUAAUGGCUUCCUCGUGAUCCCCGACUUCUUGGACAAAGACCAAGUCAACUCCUUGCUCGAUACUACAAACGAACUACUAGAGAACUUUGACAUCAAUACCCAUCCUCUCACCCGCUUUACUACGGGAGAUGAUCCCUCGUCAAAAUCUCAGCAUGUUGGAGAUGAAUAUUUCCUUACAUCCAACGACAAGAUCCGGUUCUUUUUCGAGCCCGGCGCAUUCAGUCCCUCUGACCCGUCCAAGCUACUACAGCCUAAAAACCGCUCGGUGAACAAGAUAGGACACUCGAUACAUUCUCUGUCCAAACCUUUCUCAGAUGCAACUCACACCGGCCCGGUAGGAGCUCGGAAUGCAGCAAUAGCCAAGGAUUUGGGGUUUCGUGACCCUCGAGUGCUCCAGAGCAUGGUCAUUUGCAAGCAGCCAGGUAUUGGCGCUCCGGUACCCAGCCACAAGGAUUCAGAAUUCUUAUAUACGGAUCCACCAUCUGCUGUUGGAUGGUGGAUUGCGCUGCAAGAUGCUAACAUGGAGAAUGGAACUCUUGGAUUCUGGAAGGGUAGUCACAAGACGGGCAGGAUUAGGAAAAGAUUCGUGAGGUCAAAUGCGGGUUCCCAAGAUGCCGGAGGGACUGACUUUGUGGCGUGGGAUGGACCGAACUUGCCUGCUGCCAUUGAUGAGGAGAGUAAAGGGAAGGAAGAUUAUGUACCUGAUGCGUCGGAUUAUGAACUCGUGGAGAUCAAGGCUGGCUCUCUCGUGUUGAUUCAUGGGAACGUUCUGCAUAAGAGUGAGAAUAACCCAAGUGACAAGUCAAGGUUUGCGUAUGCUUUCCACGUCAUAGAGGGGGCUGAAGGAUGGAAGUAUGAUGAGAGAAAUUGGCUUCAGCCCCCGUCCGGGGGUUUUACAAGGUUAUUCGGGAACCAUUAA